CAUAAAAUUCCUAAUAAAAAACCUUUAAAAAAUGUUCAUCCGUCAAGUAAGCCGCUUGCCAAGAAGAGCUAUCAAAUCCUACAGCACCGCUGCGGAGCCAGUAGCUGCGGCAACAGCACACAAAUUAUCUGAGAGCCGUACCCUCGAAGGCAACACUUCGAAGCACUCCAGCAAUAAUCUGGCUAAAUUCUAUCAAAUUCCUGCUGAAGAUAAAAAGACCCUCUUUACCCAUGGGGGACUACCAAAAUCUUUUGAAAAACAAGUAAAGACCUUCGGGGAGACUUGUCUAAUGGUUAGAGAGCCAGCUCUUGAAGUCAUUGAUUACAUCAAAUCAUCGAAUUUAAGCAAUCCAACUGUGCGAUAUGUUCUCUAUGGCGAUGAUGGUGUCGGGAAGAGUCUCGUCAUGGCUCACAUCAUUCAUUAUGGAUUUCAGAAUGGUUUUCUUUUAGUGCAUGUUCCAUGGGUAGCUAAUUGGUUCAAACGUCCAAAAGAAACAGCCAAUUCUUCAUCCAUCGAAGGAUUCAUUGACCUCCCGUUUGACGCCGCAGGCUGGUUAGUACACUUUAAGACUCAAAACGCUAAACUUCUGUCUACGUUGGAUCUGAAAACAACCAAAGAUUACGUGUGGAGUAAACGAGAGACAACUCCAUCUGGCUCCACACUCUCUGAACUCAUUGAGCAUGGCAUCACAAGGGUCAAGUUUGCCUCUGAUACUAUUGCUGCACUUAUUGCUGAACUGAAGCAACAUUCAACAGCUGGAAAAUGCAAGAUCAUGGUUGCCGUUGAUGGCUACAAUGCAUUCUUCCAUCCCAUCACUAGAAUAGUCGCCGACAACAAAGCUAAGAUUAGUCCCAACAAAGUGACACUCACUCAGCCCUUCCUGGACAUCACAAACUACGACUGGUGCAAUGGAGUUUGUGUUCUGUCGGUUGAUAAAUUAGCCAGCUCCGAGAACUAUCGAGAAUCGUUUAUGCCAAGGUACUUGCUUGACAAAGAAGGCUUUGAGCAUUUGGAUCCAUUUGUUCCGAUUCGAGUGGAUAAUUUUAACGAGAAGGAAUUCAGAAGCUGCAUUGACUACUACUUGGACCGAAGGUGGAUUCAGAACUGUGAGCAAGGAUUCGAUGAGGAGUUGAAGUUUUUGAGUGCAAGCAAUCCUUAUAGGCUGAUGAAUAUUUGUGCUCCGUUGUAAGUGGAAUUCUGUUUUUGAUAGACGUUGAAAGAUAAAUAAAAUAGAAGUUAAAAAUUUA